AUGACCAGCUCGUUUAUCAUACGAGUUCCAGCAACCUCGGCCAAUAUUGGUCCUGGUUUCGAUGUUGUCGGCUUGUCACUUUCACUCUAUCUCACUCUCACUGUCACCAUCGGGGAGACCUCUACCUUACCAGUGAUAACAUAUUCGGGUGAAGGAGCCGACGAAGUCCCGCUAGACCCGUACCGCAACCUCAUGACUCGCGUAGCACUCUACGUGCUACGUUGCAAUGGCCAUAGGACAUUCCCUCCCGACCUUAGUAUUCACUGCCACAACCAAAUACCUUUUGGACGCGGACUUGGCUCGUCUGGUGCAGCGGUCAUUGCAGGCGUUCUCCUCGGAGACAGUCUCGGAAAACUCAACCUUUCCCGAGAGCGAAUGUUAGACUACGCGCUCAUGGUCGAGCGCCACCCAGACAACGUGACAGCUGCACUUGUUGGAGGAUUUGUAGGAUCAUACCUUAGAGAACUAGACCCACAAGCUACUGAAGCAGCGCAAGUACCCCUCUCCGAAGUCCUCCCGGAAUACCCGUCUGAUGCUGGAGAAGACUGGGGCCUUUCCCCACCUGUUCCGCCGUUGGGAAUCGGUCACUAUGUCCGAUUUAAAUGGAACAGCAGCAUCAAAGCUGUUGCCAUUAUACCCCGAUUUGAACUUAGUACUGCAAAAGCACGAGCUGUUCUAGCCAGAGAGUUACUCGAGGAAAGAUCUGUACCCUUACCCUCGCAGGUUUUUAAUAUGCAACGAUUAGCCGUCCUCACCACAGCUCUUGGUCAGACGCCACCAGACCCAGAAUUAAUUUUUGAGGCUAUGAAAGAUCGCGUGCAUCAGCCGUAUCGAAAAACUCUUAUACCUGGCCUGCCAGCAGUUACUUCCUUAAUUACGCCUGCUUCACAUCCUGGCCUGCUUGGCAUUUGCCUCUCUGGUGCAGGGCCGACCAUCCUUGCGCUUGCAACUCACAAUUUUGAUAGUAUCGCUGGGAAAAUACAGGAAAUAUUCCAGCAGGAGCAGAUCACAGUGGAUUGGAAGAUACUGGAGGUGGCGGGAGGGAGCACCGUAGACUCUUAA